AUACGUUCGUUUUCUGCUUUUUGACGCGUGACAAUUUUAAGACCAUUCGAUUCCCAUGCAAUAUUGCAACGACCUCUUCGGCCUCCACAUGAAAACCCAUAUUAGCUUUUUGCAUCACUUCUUUCUUUCCUCGCUUCAGACAUCAAGAACACCAUCCAGGACUCAUUCGGGAGCAGCAGACCAAUCUACCGACACCACACCUCCACCUAGACAGAGAUAGAGAGAGGGAGAGACAGAGAGGCAUCAACCAGGGCCUUCGAAGCUGAGUUUUACAUGCACAUAGUUUGAGCACACCACAGCCCAAUACACACCAAAACCGACAUGGCCAUCACCACAGAAGGCAUUAGGGAGAACAAGACCUUUCUCGACGAGGAGGUUGCGGAACUCAGCGGCCUGGAGACCAACCUAAACAAGACUAACACUGUCUCGACAAAGAUGGUUGACAUCUUGAACUCGUUCGACACACGUCUCGCCAGCCUCGAGACCUCUGUCCUGCCGAUCCACAAAUCCACCCAGUCCCUUACGCGCCUCGCAGGAAAUAUGGAUCAGACUGUCGCAGCACUAGAGGCAAUUCUCUCAUACUUUGAUUUGGCAGCUCAGGAGGAGGCGAUUGUGGUACGACCAUUGACAGAACAUGACCUGCAUUCCUAUCUCCAAUCAAUCGGACGGAUACGGGAGUAUCUGCGGACCAUGAGCUUAGUCAAACUCAAGGCUGGUGAGCGAGUAGUGCAACAGCUGAAACGAAGUCUCAAUGUCGCAGCAGGGCAGUUGAACGAGUUGUUCAGGAAGCUUUUGACACAAAACAGCCCGCCAUUGGACCUCAAGGUUGUCACCUCAUCCGACCGCAAGGAUAUUCCACCAUUCCCUGCGAACACCGCCCAGGCUUUUAUCACAAUCUCCAAGAGUCUGGCCGAAAUCGAUCUGGAUCCUAAUGCAACACCAACUGGAUAUCUGAAGUCGUACUGUGAGAUCCGUGCCAACACAAUGAUCAAGUCACUGGCACCACUUUACCAAUCCUCUAAUGUCGAAUUGAAGGGCGUCUACGAAAAGGACACGAGCCCAUUCAUUCCCUACACGACCUCUCUACUCAAGCUUUGCAGGAACGAAGCUGAUCUGGCCGACACUCUUCUAGAUCCCAAGUUAUUAAGUCUCGCAUUCAUGGGGUCGAUCAUGCCCCCGAUCGAGCAAUGGGUAGAGACAGGAAGGAUCAUCACGAGGCGGAUCAGGAAGACGUAUACGUCUGAGGUCGGCGUCCUUUUUGAUGUCAUUGAGGCCCUUGAGUCUAACAUGAACACCUUUGAAAGUGUUUUCGGGCUUGCAAGACGUCAAAAGGAGAACGACGCACUAGAGCUGCUCAAGACCUUCAAGGCAACCGCCAUGAGAACCUUCAUUGACUUUCUCGCCGACGUUAGAAACCAAAAUAACCCCAAAUACCAAGCUAUGCCGCUGGACGGAACCGUGCAUCAAAUGACCUCAGAUACCCUCAAUUACAUGAAGCGCCUAAUGAACUAUCAACCGAUGGUGGAGUCGAUUCUCAAUCUCAUUGGAGAUGGAAACUGGAACAGCCCCGAGGCUGGCGCUUCACAGAACCGCCGCCCUCAGGCUGCUGGACGAUCUGGACGAAGCUCUGCUAUGCAGCAUUAUUUUGCGGACGUGUUGGAGGCGUUAGUGCAGAACAUUGACGUAAAGUCCAAGUUCUACAAAAAGGGCCAGUCCCUGGCCCAGCUGUUUUUGCUCAACAACUACUUUUACAUCUCGAAAUCUGUCCGCACCACGCCAGGACUGUUGGAGACCCUCAACGGACCGGAUACCGCCCAUCUGGCACCGAAUAGUCUGACUUCGGCCGUUUAUGAACGACCAUUGAAGCAGAGCGUGGACUUGUAUCAGGACAAUUGGAAGACCUGUGUGGAGCACCUGAUGGAUGUGACAUACCUCCAGGACGGCGGUGUGCAGCAUGUGUUGAACUCGAACCAGCGUCAAAUGGUCAAGGAUAAAUUCAAGAACUUCAACCACGACUUUGACGAACUAUGGAAGACACAGAAGCAGUAUUCAAUUCCGGAUGUGGAUCUGAGAACGAUGGUGCUCAAGGAUGUGCACCAGGUGCUGAUCCCCAUGUACGACAAGUUCUUGACCAAAUACGCAUCUUCAAAUGGUAGCGGUACGACGAUGGAGUUUACAAAGAAUGUUCAAAAGUAUGUUCGGUACGAUGUAUCGAUGGUCAAGGACAUGGUUAGCCAGUUCUUUACAAACUCAUAAAGUACAUUUUGAAUGUACUCUUUUUAUUUUUCUCAAAUAAAAACGACAAAAACAAGCAGCUUGGCG